GAACCUUCCCAUUUUGGGAUUAGCCGACAACGUUUGGCUCUUAAUGGUCAGGCGUACAACUAUAUUUGGAAAUGUCAAGUCGAAAAAAUUAAAUUUUGGGAGGGGACUUCCUUCCAUGGAGGGCCAUCUUGUUCUGUUCCGCUAGUGCCAGAAGACCUGAAAUUUUCCUCCUUUUUUUGCCUGGAGCAUCUUCGUUGGAUUGUGGAACAAAAUUUCAUAGAUAAUUUCCUGGCCGCACUUUUCGCCAGAGGGAACCACGUGAAAAACCCUACCCGACAUCAUGUAGGGUUUUUAUUUUGGGUGAAUCUUCGCUACUGGAGAUCCAUUGACACGUUUUCUACCGGGGACCUCUUUCCGAACAGAGACCCUUUUUCCAUCAUAGGGAUUCUUACGUCAUCUGUUAUGAAGCCUUCCUCGCCCAUUUUAAUAAGCUUUCGCAUUAAGGGAGAUCUCCUAGUUUGGCUCGCUUAA